GUCCCAGCUCUAAUUUUUUUCCAAACUAACAACACGACGUGUCAUUUGCCGGAAUCGCAGGAAUAAAACGAUAUUAAAAUGCACACGGUGUUAACCCGAGGAAACGCCACGGUGGCAUACACGCUGAGCGUUCUAGCUUGCCUCACCUUCAGCUGCUUCCUGUCCACCGUCUUUCUUGACUACCGUACCGAUGCAAACAUCAACACGGUCAGAGUGCUGGUGAAGAAUGUCCCGGAUUACGGAGCGUCCCGGGAGAAGCACGACUUGGGCUUCGUGACCUUCGAUCUGCAAACGAAUCUCACAGGCAUCUUCAACUGGAACGUGAAGCAGCUGUUCCUGUAUCUCACCGCCGAGUACCAGACACCGGCCAAUCAACUCAACCAGGUGGUACUGUGGGACAAGAUUAUCCUGCGCGGCGACAAUGCCGUAUUGGACUUCAAGAACAUGAACACCAAGUACUACUUCUGGGACGACGGGAAUGGCCUGAAGGACAACCGCAACGUAUCGCUAUACCUCUCGUGGAACAUCAUUCCGAACGCGGGACUCCUUCCCUCCGUUCAGGCCACUGGAAAGCACCUGUUCAAGUUCCCGGCCGACUAUGCCACCUCGUCCAUUUAGAGCUUAGGGCUAAUGCUAAAUACAGCUGGUUCCGCCCGGGUUCCCUAGCUUGUAGUGUCUAUCUAAUAAAACCCCAAAUAAAAUAUCUUUGUAAAGAUUUCGAACUGUAUCCCAAACGAAAGAAACUUAAGAGAAAUUCGUUGAAAAUAAUUUAUUUUUGGUCCAUUUUUAUAAUGACAAUUUUAUCUAUAGCUUUCUAUAGUAAUUAACCAGCGAGUGACUGCAGAGCGCCAGCACUUAGUUUUCGGUCUUUCGUCUCAAAUCUGGGUUUGGCAGUCGAACUAGGGUUCAACACUGCAGCUGAGGUGUUAAGGGAUAGAGCUACAACCAAAAUAGCAAUAAAGAACUGUGCGAAAAUUUUAAAAAAUAUUAGAUUUUGGAACGCAGAUAUGAUUAGUACCAACACACCAAUUUUACUGAGGCCAUGUUGAUAUCCGCUAAAGAAAUCGAAAACUAUACUAAAAAUGUGUAAAAGAUCUCCAAUAUAUAUAUGACUGGUAUUCAAGGCCGCAUCGAAUGGGUUCGUUUCAAAAUUUAAAACUGAAUCAAAUUCGUUAACAUUUUUUACAAGGCUUACGCAAUGAAAAAGACUAAUUGACCUUUGAAAAUGUAAUCCUUAAGACGAAGAUGAUGAACCCAACAUAUGAAAAUACUUAUUCGAUCAAUUCACAACUAAUACGAAAAGGAAAGGAUUUUGCAUUCGGAAGAUUAUUUUUAUUUCAAACUUCCUAAAUAGAAGCAUUCAUUAGAUUACUUAUUUUACAGUCGGGGUUUUUUUUUUAAUGUCUAUUAAUGCUGCAGCAUCUGACAUGCGAUAACACAGUUGUCCUUGACCUAGUUGUAGAACAUAAACAUAAUAGAUGCACAUCAAAAAUGUUUAUUUAUAAGAUCGGUUAAGUUUUAAUAUGGCAACGUAUGACAGACAUUCGUAAUACAAACUUGCGUAAAUGCAUUCAGGAGUUCGCAGUUUUAUGAUUAUUUAUCUGAUUACAUAUUUUAGCCUUGGUAUGUUUUCCCACUGGGGACGUGCGAGCGUAUCUUGUUUAAAUAUUCUUUGGUCUAUAUUUAUAAUAAUU